AUGGCUGUUGCGUUGUGGUUUGUGCCGCAGGCCAGUUCCAACACCUACGUGGCGCUGCAGUCGCUGAUCUUGUCGCUGCAGACAUUGUUCCCAGACGCACCGAGCUUCGAGCCGCAUCUGACCGUGACGUCGCAGCUCAAGUGCGAGACUCGCGAGCAAGCGCACGAGAUACUGGCCGCGUGCGUCGCGGCCGUCGAGGCCGUGCGCGGCGCGGUGGGGCGCGGCGGCGACGCCACGUCGCAGGAUUUAGUCGCAUUUUCCGGUGUCGGCAUAGGCAAGAGCUAUUUCAGGAAGGUUCGACUGGAAUGCGUCGCAAACAAGUACCUGGUGAGCGUCGCGCAGCUGAUGCGCGAGCUGUUUGUGUGCGACAGCGCAGAACAGGCGUCGCACUGGGCCGUGCGCGAGUUUGCGCCCCACGUGUCGCUGGUGUAUUCGGACGUGUACCACGUGAACCAAGCGGUGCGGCGUGUGCUUGUGCAGCGGAUCGAGGACGCCUUGGACGGUGAGCUGCGGCCGUGUGCGGCGGUCGCUGACGGCGACGACGCGGCCUGGCUGUGUGCGCGCCAGCUGCGCGGGUGGGGGCUGCCGGGCCAGUUCAAGGUGGUGCGUUGCGAGGGCGGCGUCGCUGAGUGGCAGGUCCUGGCCAGCGUAGAGGUGUAG